CGGCGGCGCGGUUAUAUGUGAGAAAAGAACAGCGAUAUACACAUGGAAGCCGACUAAGUUUGACAGCAUCAGAAAAAUAAUUCUUGCUCGCGAAUAUCAUAAAGCAGUGGAAUAAAUAUUAAAAGAAAAACAAACUUUGCAAACUAAAUAAUAAUAAAACUUGAAAAACGUGGAGCAACGAAAAAUUCAAAAGCAAAAACAUAUCGAGCCAGUGUCACAGCGCCGGUCAAGAGCUGCCUUGUUACGGGCAAUUGGAUAAAAGCACGCCGCUUCUAGAGCCUUCUUCCUCCUAAAGUGAAAUAACACUGCCACAGAAUCAACAUGUCUCAUACAAUACUUUUAGUGCAACCUGCUUCACGCCCUGAAACGCGCACCUACAGCGACUACGAAAGUGUCAAUGAAUGCAUGGAGGGCGUUUGCAAAAUCUACGAAGAACACCUGAAAAGGCGCAAUCCCAACACACCUACAAUUACAUACGAUAUCAGUCAACUGUUCGAUUUUGUUGAUCAAUUGGCGGAUAUCAGUUGCCUCGUUUAUCAGAAGUCGACAAACACUUAUGCUCCCUACAAUAAGGAGUGGAUUAAGGAGAAGAUCUACGUGCUGCUGCGACAGGCGGCAGGCAAUUCAAAUUGAUGUGGUAGACGAUAUGCUUGAGAGCUGUUAGCAACAUAUAAACGCAAUACGGAAGGAACGGAAUCAGUUUUGUAAUAGAAUCUACUACAAUUGUGCGGAAAUCGAUACAAUAUGUAAUGAAAUUUUAUUUAAAAACAAAAACCAACUUUUGUCCAAAGCUAAUCAAAUAAUUUGAGGCUUUUAAGUCAUUGCAACACACAUAACGCUACUCGAAAAGCACUGUAGAAAAAACAAGUCAUUUAAUUUCAUCUUCAAAACCUUACAGUAAACACAAUUGACAAGAACACUUUUUUGUAUUUUUGCUACAACAACAUUGAAUUAAAUAUUUAUGUAAUCAUUUAUAACAAAACGAAUAACAAUAUUUACUUUUCACAUUAUCCUGCAGCAGACUGCAGCAACUGAUUAGCUGUUUCAGAAACUGAACGUACUGAACCUCGAAGUAUUUGAAACUCUAAUUUGUGGGCACUUGAACACCUUAAUUAAACUUUUAGCGAUAAGAUGGUAGUAAUAAGUAUUUCUUGAAGUUUGUGUUUGAGGUAAAUGCAAGUUCCGCAUAGAUUUUGUAAACUGCGAAUGCAGUUACUUUUGUAAAUGGAAGCGAAUGGACGUGUACACUUUGAACAAUAAAUGUUAGAAAACCAAA